AUGCCUCAAGCCGUCCAACGCACGCUUAUGGUAAAAAUGCUGUUCGAAGACGAAAUUGUCGGCCUCAAAUCCUACAAGUCAGCAAAUCAACCAUUUCCACUAAAACUCGAUCUCAUAACCUCAGCCACUCAGCUCAAAGAAGAGGAACUCCAAACCUGCAUCGAGCUCGUCGAGCAAACGUCCGGGGACGAUUACCGCGCCUCAAGAAUUGGCUGGAACACGCGCAAGAAGCGAGAAGAAAUGAUGGACAAGGACAUGAUAUACCUGCUCCUGGAUGCAUCGUCUCCCCAACCCCCCCAACUAGAUGACCUCGAACAACUCGCUCAAACCUACACCUCCACCUCCUCCACCCCCACGCCUGCCCCACCACUCGCUUCCCCCAACUCCCCUAUCCUUGGCUUCAUCUCCUUCAUGUUCACCUGGGACGACCCCCCACACCAAGACCGCGCUGUCGUCUACAUCUACGAAAUCCACCUAUCCCCGCCCCUGCGCAACCAGGGUCUCGGCUCACGCCUGAUGACCUUCGUCGAAGCCGUCGCGCGGGCCUGCAGUAUCGAGAAAACAAUGUUAACAGUCUUCGUAGCGAAUGAGGGCGCGAAGAAGAUGUAUGAGAAGUUGGGGUAUGAGAGGGAUGAGUGUAGUCCUGUUGAUAGGGUUAUGCGGAGGAAGGUGGUGAGGGCUGAGUAUGUUAUUAUGAGUAAGAGGGUGUGA